UCCGGCGCUCUCACGCACACAGCUCAUUCGGCCAAGAUGGCGACCGGCGGGGCGUCCGUGGCUUCUCUGUGGACCGAGGUGAACCGCUGCGGGCAGAACGGAGACUACACUCGGGCCCUGAAGGCGCUGACAAAAAUUCUACACGAGAACAGAGAUGACGUGACGGCCCUUCACUGUAAAAUAGUUUGCCUUACUCAGAACGGCAGCUUCAAAGAGGCUCUGAAUGUCAUGAACACGCAUUCGAAAGUGCUUGGCAGUGAGGUCGUGUUUGAGAAGGCGUACUGCGAGUACCGACUGAACCGAGUGGAAAGUUCUCUGAAGACAAUCGAAGCUGCCGCCGAGCAAACGGACAAGUUGAAGGAGCUUUACGGUCAAGUGUUGUACAGACUGGAACGCUACAGCGAGUGCAAGUCCGUCUACACCGACCUGAUCAGGAACUCUCAGGACGAGUACGAGGAGGAGAGGAAGACCAACCUGGCUGCGGUGCUGGCUGCGAUGAGUCAGUGGGAGGAGACCCCACUGGAAGAUCUCGGUCUUCCCGACUCGACGUAUGAGCUGUGUUACAAUACUGCUUGCGCUCUGAUUGGCCAAGGACAACUGACAGAGGCCUUUAAUAAAUUACAGCAAGCGGAGGAGCUUUGCAGAGUCUCGCUGGCGGAUGAUUCUGAUGUAACCGAAGAAGACAUCGAGUCGGAGUUGGCCGUCAUCCAUUCUCAGAUGGCGUACGUCAUGCAGUUGCAAGGUCGGACAGAGGAGGCGCUGCAGCUCUACAACCAGGUCAUCAAGCUCAAACCGUCAGACGUGGGGCUACUCGCUGUGACUGCUAAUAACAUCAUCACAAUAAACAAGGACCAAAACGUGUUUGACUCGAAGAAGAAGGUGAAACUGACGAACGCUGAAGGCGUCGAGUACAAGCUGGCGAGGAAGCAGCUGCAGGCCAUCGACUUGAACAAAGCUCUGCUGGCUAUGUACACAAAUCAGGCCGACCAGUGCAGGAAACUGUCAUCCAAUCUCCAGUCUCAGAACCCCGGUCAGCCGCGACCCGUCCUCAUCCAGGUUGCUCAGCUGUGCAGGGAGAAGCAGCACAGCCGAGCCAUCGAGCUGCUCCAGGAAUUCUCAGAUCAACAUCCAGAGCGUGCGUCUGGCAUCAAACUGGUGAUGGCACAACUCUAUUUAGUACAAGGUCAUGUGACGAAAGCCUGUGACGUCCUGAGGUCCAUUGAAGAGUUCAAGCACAAAUCGGGGAUGAUCUCAGCUCUGGUGACGAUGUACUCGCACGAAGAAGACAUUGACGGCGCUAUCGAUGUCUUCAAACAAGCUAUUGAACACUACCAGUCUCAACAGCCCGGAUCUGCUGCUCACUUGGCUCUGGUACGAGAAGCGGCCAACUUCAAACUGAAGUACGGACGGAAGAAGGAAGCCAUCAGUGACCUGGAGCAGCUCUGGAAGCAGAACACCAACGACAUCCACACACUGGCACAACUCAUCUCAGCGUAUUCUCUGGUGGACACGGACAAAGCCAAAUCCCUCAGCAAACACCUACCGUCGGCCGACGCCAUGUCGUUCAACGUGGACGUGGACGAGCUGGAAAACUCGCACGGCGCCACGAACGUCAGGAAAAAAGCAGCGAAAGUCCCGGGAGAGAAUCUCCCUAAAGAACAAGGCCAAGUCGACAUCAAGAAGAAGAGGAAGAAGAAGAAAGGAAAAUUACCCAAGAACUGCGACCCCAAGGCGACCCCUGACCCCGAGAGGUGGCUGACCAUGCGGGAGCGUUCCUACUACAGAGGCAAGAAGAAGGGGAAGAAGAAGGAGCAGAUCGGAAAAGGAACCCAGGGAGCGACGGCAGGCGCUUCGGCCGAGCUCGAUGCCAGUAAGACGGCCAGUAGCCCCCCUAACUCCCCCAGACCAGGGUCUGCGUCCGGCUCGUCGUCGGCCCCCGCCGGCGGCAGCAGCAACGUGGUCCCGCCCCGGCAGCAGAAACCGGCUGCCUCGGGGGCCACGCGCAAGAAGGUGCCACAGAAGAAGAAGAAGGGCGGGAAGGGAGGCUGGUAGUCACCGGAUCCACCGACACCAAGAGAUCAUAUAAACUCUUUUCUUUUUUUUUAUAUAUAUAUAUGAUUAAUUUUGUUGUCACCGUUCAUUUAAACACGUGAAAACCAAAAUCUCCCCUUUGCGCUUGAAACAUUUUUUUUUAAAGGACAGUUCCACUAGAAAUAACUUGUUGUCGCUCUUCAAAAGCUGAUGUUUCCUCGAAUGUCGUGAGAAAACUUUACAUUACCGUUAAGUCUUUUAAAUGUCCACUGACAGGGAAAGUGUCCGCAAAUCGAACUUCACGUCCCGAAAUCCUGCAUCUGUGCUGGUUCGCUCUCUUUAAAGGUGCUGACGUCGUCUCAUCCGUCUUCUCCGGAAGAGUCUGGAAUGAAGCCGUCAGCUCUCAUCUUAUCAGAAUUCUUUUUUUGGGGGGGGGGGUAGAUGGAGUUUGGUGUUCUCAUUGUUUGGCAUGUAUUCUUACAUCAUUAUUAGCCAAAUGUAUAUUGGGGGAAAAAAUGCAUUUUUGCAUAUUUUUAUAUCAAAAUCCUACAUUUGUCCGCCCCUUUUAAAAGUGUCCUGUGUUUCACAGGCAGCGAGACUGUUCGUGGAGCGCGUUCAUUUUCAAUCAGUUACGGAGAAAGUGAAUUUAUGUGUCGUCUUUUUGACUGAUGACUGGAAAAAGCGAUACACGUAUUUGUAAAAAAAAUCAGCGAAUUUUACCUCAUCGUCGCUUUUGUGAAAAAAAUAAUGCGGGUUUUCGGCUCAGUCCAGGCUCCGAAAAAGAAAAAUAUGCGUCAGUCUCCCGUAACCGGAGGUCGCAGCAAAAUCACAACAACAACAAAGACAGAAACAAGCUUCCUCCAAAAAUUGCCUACUGCCGCUUUAAAACCACAGAUCCCUUUAAGGACCUUUUAGGGGAAAAAACAGCUGCUUUUGCGAUGUAACUUGAAGUUUUCCUUUUGGUAGAAUUGUCUUUUUAAUCACGUUUCUCGGGCCUCAGUAAGUCGGACGUCACGUUUUGUUUCUUUUCUUUAAAUUGUCCCUUUUGUUUUCAACGAGCCGACCCACCGACCACAUCGGACGCAACGACGUCAAAGGAUUAUUUAUAAUCUGAAUCCCCCGUGUUGGUCUUUAAAUUCAAGCGCGAGAGAGAGAGAGAGAAUUUUAACUCUUCAGUGAAAUGCUGUCGGGUGCAUGUUUUAGGAAACGAGAGAAGAGAAACCCAGGUGUCCCACUUUGUUAAGUCUUAAUAAAACUCUUGACAACGGCAA